CAUUGCGGACGUGUGAUUUGGCCUCUUCUUUCCUUUGCAAUGAGCAGCCAAUGUAAUGUGAUCUCCGCCACCGCCGCCAAAAAUUCUGACCAGCUUCCGGUGGUCGUGGUCAUGGUUCCGCUAGCGGCGCAUGGCCAUCUGAACCAACUCCUCCACCUCUCCCACCUCCUCUCCGCCUUCAACAUCCCCGUCCACUUCGUAGGCACCGCCACCCACAAUCGCCAAGCCAAGCUCCGCCGCACCCACACCACUACCGACGGUGGCGCAAUCCAAUUCCACGACUUUGACAUACCCAGAUUCCAAUCUCCUCCACCGGACCCCACCACCGCCCAGAAAUUUCCCACCCACCUCAUCCCCUCCAUCACCGCAGCGGCAAUCCACCUCCACCGCCCUCUCGCCACCUUCCUCCGCUCCCUCUCUACUAAAGCAAAACGACUUGUCGUCAUCCACGACUCGCUAAUGUCGUCCGCCGUUGAAGGUGUCGACACCAUCCCGAAUUCUGAAUCCUACAGCUUCCAUAGCAUUUCAGCCUUCGCCGUCGCACUCCACAUCUUGGAGCGUAAAGGAACGGCUGCCGGCGGCAACAAUGGUAAACGUAAAACGACGACGUUGUAUGAAGAUUAUUUUCCGAAGGAAAUGAAUGUGCCGCCGUUGGAAGAGUGUUUUCCGGCAGAGUUUUUGGAGUUCAUCGGAGCACAGUUCCGCCGGAUGCCGGAAAACGGCGCCGGAAAAAUUUAUAACGCUUGUAGGGUAAUUGAAGGGCAAUUUUUAGAAGUGAUUCAAAGGGUUGAACAUCACCUUCAUCAUUGGGCUCUGGGUCCUUUCAAUCCUGUCAAAAUCUCCCCACCCUUCAAGUCAACGUGCAGCUGCAUAGCGUGGCUAGAUCAACAAGCGCCUCAAUCAGUGAUGUACGUCUCGUUUGGAACGACCACAGCCAUGGCGGACCAACAAAUCAAAGAGAUAGCUAAUGGGUUAGCCAGAAGCCACCAAAGGUUCAUCUGGGUCCUCCGAGAUGCCGACAAAGCUGACAUCUUUGAAAGCGCAAACGUUCGAAAGUCCGACCUCCCGGAAGGCUACAAAGACCUUAUCGGCGACAGAGGGUUGGUGGUACGAGAGUGGGCGCCGCAGCUUGAGAUUCUGAACCACCGAGCCACCGGUGGGUUCAUGACGCACUGCGGCUGGAAUUCAUGCAUGGAGAGCUUAACCAUGGGGGUGCCCGUGGCUGCAUGGCCGAUGCACUCUGACCAGCCGAGGAACACGGUGCUUAUGACGGCAGUGCUGCAGGUCGGGGUGGUGGUGAAAGAGUGGGGGAGGAAGCAAGAGGAGGUGGUAGCGGCAGCGACCGUGGAAGCGGCGGUGAGGAGAUUGAUGGUAUCAGAGGAAGGGAUGGUGAUCAGGAGGAAGGCAGAAUGGCUUGGGGAAGCUGUGCGGCGGUCGGUGGAGGACGGUGGUGAUUCUCGUCGGGAGUUGGAGGCUUUUGUCGCUCAUAUAACGAGGUAGAUUCAAUUCAAAAACGAGAAAUUAGUGAGAGAAGUUUGUGUUUGUAUGUAAUUGUUUAUAAUUGUUGCACAACUAUGAAAAAUGAAAGAGUUC